GAAUGAGGGAGUGAAGGGAAAGAGAGGACGGAACAAGAGGCUUUUGACUUUAGCCACACGCUGCUGACAUGCUUUAAAAAAGAGAGAGAGAAAGAUAGACAGAGAGAGAGAGCAUUUGGGAGACUAGAGGAGAGAGAGCCUUUGCGAGAGAGGAGUAAGUGCUCUCUGUGGAGGAGAGAGGGAAUGUAGAGUGAACAGAAGGAGCGGCGGACGGAUAGGGAGAUAGAGCUACUUAUUCAGACAACAAAAGAGAAACUGGUGGGGGGUGAAGGAACGGGAAUAGCGAUGGCCACUGAGGAUUCUGCUGGCGGAGCUCGCAAAGCCACCAAGAGUAAACUAUUUGAGUUUCUCGUCCACGGAGUGCGUCCAGGCAUGACUUCUGGGGCCCGGAUGCCCCAUCAGGGUGCCCCUAUGGGUCCCCCUGGACCUCCGUAUGGAGGAACACCCCCAAUCCGGCCAGGAAUGCCUAAUCCUGCAAUGGACCCAAACCGGAAACGACCCACAACCACUCCGCCCGUGCAGCCUCCCCCUGUCCAGAAUCGACCCAGAAAGAAACCACUGGGAUUCCCAGGAGCCAAUGAGGUUUCAGCAAGACAAAUGGACUUGCGAGAGGCCCAGUCAGAGCCGGCAAUUGGAACCAAUGCCAAGAGAAGGAAAAUGGCAGACAAGAUUCUCCCUCAGAGGAUCCGUGAACUGGUGCCCGAGUCACAGGCAUACAUGGACCUUUUGGCUUUUGAGCACAAGCUGGACCAAACCAUUAUGAGGAAGCGGGUGGACAUCCAAGAGGCCCUUAAGAGACCCAUGAAGCAGCAAAAGCGGAAGCUGCGAUUGUACAUCUCCAACACAUUCAACCCUGCAAAGCCUGAUUCUGAUGACUCUGAGGGCAGCAUUGCAUCCUGGGAGCUGCGAGUAGAAGGCAAGCUGCUGGAUGAUCCUGGAAAGCAAAAGAGGAAAUUCUCGUCUUUCUUUAAGAGCUUGGUUAUUGAGCUGGAUAAGGACCUGUAUGGCCCUGAUAACCACUUAGUGGAGUGGCACCGUACCCCCACGACCCAGGAGACGGAUGGGUUCCAGGUGAAGAGGCCGGGAGAUGUGAACGUGCGGUGCACACUGCUCCUCAUGCUGGAUUACCAGCCUCCCCAGUUUAAACUGGACCCCAGACUGGCUCGUCUGCUGGGUAUCCACACACAGACCCGCUCCUGCAUCAUCCAGGCGCUGUGGCAGUAUGUUAAGACCAACAAGCUGCAGGACUCCCAUGAAAAGGAGUACAUCAACUGUGACAAGUAUUUCCAGCAGAUCUUUGACUGUCCACGUCUGAAGUUCUGUGAGAUUCCUCAGCGGCUCACCAACCUGCUGCUUCCACCUGACCCAAUCGUAAUCAAUCACGUCAUCAGGUCAAGACCCUCUGUCCCCACAUCCAACAGUGUGGACCCCAAUGAUCACAAGAAAACGGCAUGUUAUGACAUAGACGUCGAGGUGGACGAUCCUCUCAAGACUCAAAUGAGUGGCUUUCUGCUCUCGACCGCUAAUCAGCAGGAGAUAGCAACACUGGACAACAAGAUUCAUGAGACCAUUGAAUCCAUUAACCAGCUGAAGAUCCAGAGAGACUUUAUGCUUAGCUUCUCCAGAGAUCCUAAGGGCUACAUCCAGGACUGGAUCUGUUCACAGAACCGGGAUUUGAAGCUCAUGACAGAUGUGGUCGGGAACCCAGAAGAGGAGAGAAGAGCGGAGUUUUAUAACCAAUCCUGGUCUCAGGAAGCUGUCAGUCGCUACUUCUACUGCAAGAUCCAGCAACGAAGACAAGAGCUCGAGCAGGCCUUGGCUACCCGCACCACUUAGAAUCCUCUUAAUUUUGGAGAAGAUACCAGCCCUUUCGUUUACCAGCUGAGCUGGAGAAUUUGACUCGCAACAUACUUGGAAACCUUUGUAUCCUUAAACAUGAUGAACUCUACAGGCAGAAUAGGCCUAAAAGCUCUGUUGCUAUUUAAUGUACAGUUUGUAUAUGUUAUUAAAUCCAGUGUUGAUUUAUUGCGGUGGGAAAAAAAUUACUUUUUGAUGAUAAGCUCCUGAGAACAUUUGUUAUGCCACAGGCAGUGCAGAGCUAGUGGGAGUAAAACAGAUACUGCUCUUUUAACAUCUGUGUGACCAAACAUUUUAACGGCUGCACAAAAAAUAUGUGAAUGUAUUUUUUCUUUUGGAGCAAAAAGUUUAUAUCUACUCUUUUGGCUAAUAAUGAUUUCCAGCGUAUUAUGAACCCUUGGACAUUGUGAAAAGGGCUGUGUACUGUGAGGAGAGGACUGUGCUUGGUUCUUCUAUAAAUGUGAAUGUGUAUUAACAGGUACUGAUACUGUAUGUGUUGCUUUGUAGGUGGGAAUCUGUUGGCAUUCUGCUUGUCUCUGUUUCUUAUCUGUCCUGUAUCUGUGAACUGAAGCACUGUGUAAUUUUUAUUCUCUGGUCUCUUAUAACUAAAACUUCACCAGACUGGAAUGCACCUGUUUUGUUUGUACUCAGAAUGUAAUGUUUAAGUACGCUGAAAAUGUAAUGCAUUGAUUUAAUCUGAUUUAACAUGUGGAUCUUUGUAGAGAUCAUGAGAAAUCCCCUGUAAGUAGGAGACUGUAGUCUUAAACCAGUUGUACAGCCUCUUAAAAAAACAAACAAAUAUACAUUUAGACAAAUAAAAUCCAAUUUCUGUACCUUACUAAUAUACAUUGAAAUGCCAAAAGUCAUGGGACAGAAAAGGGUAUUGUCGGCCAUUGCUUUUGCCAUAUCCCAUGAAAGCUGUAUAUUGUUGCACUAAACUUUCAUUAAUGCCUUCCAUGUUUUAUCCUGAAUAUUAAAUGCACUUACCCAUAUUUUUUAAAUAUAAGGCACACUUAAAAUCCUUUUAUUUUCCCAAAAAUCGUCAGUGCACCUUUUAUUCCAGUGCGCUGUAUGUAUAAAUUUUAAUGGUCAGGUUGUAAGGAGCAAUAAAGACAAUACGCGAUAAAGUACUGCGAAAAAUAGAAGUUUCCGUUUAGUUCUGCAGCAGCGAGACUGAAGUAGCAUUAGCAAUUAGCUGCUAACCAUUAUUUUCCAGUUUAGGAGUGAGUAUUAUCAGCCUGUACCCUACUCCUAACCCCGGCUAGCACUGCUGGAGCAGCAUUAGCAUUACAUGCUAACCACGCUCACUAUUUCGCCAUUCAAAGGUGAUAUAUCGGACUGUAGCCUGUGCGUUUACUGUGUUAAAACAAGCUACGAGGGUCGAACCACUAGCUAAUGUCACCUUGGCUUACCAAAACACUCUGGAACGCUCCGGAAUUCUUACUGUAAAUAAACAGAAGCUCUUUAAUCACUCAAAUAAACAGUUUUUAGGAGAGAAAAAUGUGUAGAUUAACAUCCAGCGCUUAUUUGCCUUUUUUUAAGGAGCCUCACCUAUAGGAAACACCAGUGGAGGGAAUGAUAAAAAUAAUCAUCAGAAUAGUCGACUACUAAAAUAGUCAUUAGUUGCAGCGCUAGCAGGCAGUUGGUGUGGGGUUCCCCUCCCCUGAUAAUGAACAGCUGAAGCUCUUUCCCGCAGGAAAUAGGACACUAACCUUCUGGCCACAGAGACACCCAAUGAGACUUGUAUUAGAGACUCAGGUUUAGAGAAAAUAGUUUUUGGGAGUGCUGGGAGCACUUGUGUGUAAAUAAAACACACUUGGGCGACUCGCAUCAGUGUCUGUCAGUGUGUCUCACUGCUCAGACUCACAAUGCCGUAUAACAGUGUUAGUGAGCCAGUAGUAAAUAAUUGUUUUUGUAUUUAAGACUAAGUACAAAUAAAAUUCUAUAUAAAACAGUCAGUUUCCAUUAGAAUAAUGCAGAUCAAUGAACAAACUUUUAGCCCCCUGAAUUGAACAGCGAAUAAUAGGCUUAGGGAGAUAAUAGUUAAUGAGUGAUGGUGGUGCCAUCUGCAGGCCAGGGUAUGUAUUGCACUUGAUGUGAGUUUGCCAUAUAAUUGACUGGAAAAUCACUUUAAUUUUUUUAUUAUUAUUAUUUUAAAGUAAUUAAUUUGAGAAAAAACCCAAGUCAUUUUACAGGGCAGGGUAUCUAUUUUAUUUAUUUAUCACAGGGCAUCUAUUUUAUUAAUCUAUUUUAUUGUCCUUUCAGGGACUCCUCAAAUAUGCAGUCUUUGGCUGAAUUAAUACAAGCAGCUUGGACAGAAGUGCUGACAUCUCUCCUGUUAAAUGAGAACUAAUAAUAAUAGUAAUGAAUUAUGAGUGCAUUGGGACUUUUUAUUUUUUAGUAUCAAUAUUUAUAUUUAAAUCUUGAGUACCAUCUGUUAUUUUGUCUUCAAAUUUCAAAUGUAUUUUUUACAAACAGAUGAGCAUCUAAAUGAACCAUGCUCAAACUUUUCAUACACAUUUUGAGAUUGUUUACACUUUGCAUUAAUAUGUUUUUUUUUAAUCUGAAUUUACCAGAUUCUGCUUCCACAGAAAGUGUCAACUUCCAGUGAAAAAAUCACCUAAGAAUGUAGUUUGAGUAAUCUGACUAUAAUCCGAUCACAAUGUGUUUUGGACGUUAAUAUCUGACUUUUCAAUUAUGAUCGAAUUACCAAAAAUCCAUGUUAAAUGGCUUUUUCUGCCUCACUCUAGAUUUAAGCAUGACUUACUAUCCAGAAAUUCUUUAAAAUAAAUCUGUACAGUUUCUUUUUAGUUGGAUGACCAAAACUAGAAAUAGACCAGCUAACCUGACUGGCCCACACACAUCAAAAAACAAAUUUUUGUUUUGAAACUUCUGAAACACACAACAGAAAGCACCCACUGUAGACGCACAAGAAUCAGAAAUGAUCAAAGUGCUGCAUUUAGACACUUUUAGUACUUUUAUUGUUUAAAAUGACAAUGUGAGCAUUUAGGGGAGUUUUGGAUGAAGUGAGUGAUACAUGUCUAUCCAAGGGUUCUUCCAAAAUGACUGGUGCAGUAAAUCUCUCUUGGAUCUAAUAUUGGAUUUUGGAUGAU